AUGGCUACCAAAGUCCCCUUUGGUGAUGCAAAUUCCGGAUUGCAGACAGGAAUAAAUAAUGGGACAAUAAAUGCUCAGUUCAGUCUUGAUGGAGAUGCUGUAGAGAGGCUGAUGGGCGCAAAUGUGGUGACGCCCAUCGCUGAAGAAGACUCCAAGGCCCAGCUACGUUCGAUCCAAUCCUUCCUGGGAGUAUCCAGUCUCCCCGACGAGCGCCAUGAGAAGCUAGAAGGAUCCUGUCGAUGGAUCGAUGAGCGGGAGGAUUUUGGAAUAUGGAGGAAUGCACCCUAUGUGCUCCAUUUGGCCCAGGAGAUAAAUUUGAAGCCGCAGGUAUACUGGAUUCAUGCUGGCCCUGGGGUGGGCAAAACAGUCCUCGCGGCACAUGUCUCUUCACAACUCAAAGAAUCUGCCUUUCAGAUGUCCACCUACAACCCGGCUAUCCUUGACGCAAUGAUGAAGCUUCAGGGUGAAGGUAUUUCAUAUGAUCUGGAUGACCCUUGUGCUGUUUGGUCAGAGAUCUUCAAAGGUAGCAUUUUACAGACGUCUCUUCAUACCCCCCAGUACUGGAUCAUUGAUGCAGCAGACGAAUGCCUUGAUUACACCGAGAUGUUCACCUUCUUGGUGUCCAUUGUUGAGAUACCAUUGCCAGACACCAUGAGAGAUAUCGAAUUUUUUGUGCAAAAUCGGAUGGACUAUCUCCCUAUCGACAGCAUUAUGGAAAGGCAGAAAAUUAAAGAAAAGAUUCUGUCCAAAGCAAAUGCCUCAUUUCUAUGGGUCCGACUUGUGAUGGACGAACUUGAGCACGUUUACGGGUAUGAGGGCAUCAUGUCUGUUCUUGAAGAAAUACCCGCAGGCAUGAUAUUGUAUUACUCCAGGACAGUCACCGACAUGGCGCAAAACAAACGAGAAAAACACGUUGCUAAGGGCAUUCUAUCAUGGGCAUUGUCAGCUGCCCGGCCUCUGUCGAUUAGCGAGCUUUCUGAGGCAUUAAAAUUGGACAUCAAGGACCAGAUUCAUAGUGCUAGAGCUGCCAUUGAUGGAUUAUGUGGAAAUUUGGUCUAUGUCGAGGAGCAUACAGACCUUGUCCAUGUAGUCCAUGCGACUGCAAGAGACUUCUUGUUCUCAGAUGAUGCAGGGGAGUUCAAGAUCUCGAGCUCUGAGUCUCAUGAGCGAAUAGCCUUGACUUGCUUGCAACUACUCGUCAGUCCCAGUAUGCAGCCUCCGAAGCAUAGAAGUUUAGUGACACAGAGGCUUCCAAACGAACAAGCAUCCGCUCUUCUUGAUUAUGCCAUCGCAGAGUUCUCUGAACACGUCUAUGCUUCAUGCUCGGAAAGUGACAAACUUCUCGAGGCGUUGACAAGAUUUUUUAAGAGAACUAUUCUGAGCUGGAUUGAGAGAAUCGUAUCAAAAAACAUUUUACAUCGACUGAUUCGUGUUGCACGAAAUCUUCGAGGAUACCUCGACCGGAGGGCCAAGUACUGCUCGCCGCUGAACCAACAUGUUAAGCUUCUCGACAGCUGGACUACCGACCUCAGCCGACUAGUGAUCAAAUUUGGCAGAGCGCUAAUAAUGCAACCUCAUUCCAUCUACUUUCUGAUACCUCCGCUAUGUCCUACGGAAACAGCAGUGUAUCAGCAACUCGGUCAAAAUUCAGAUGGCCUCAAAUGCUCAGGUUUCAACAACACGAGUUGGGAUGACUGUGCCGCCACUGUCAACUUUGAAAACGAGAGUGCAUCCACUAUGACCUGUGGUAAUGGCUUUAUUGCUGUCGGGUUUGAGUCAGGAAAAAUUCAUUUGUAUAACAAGAGUAGCUGCCAGAAAGAGCUAACAAUCAGAAACGACUCUUCUGCUGACCUCUUAUUGCUCGACCCCUUCGGAUCAUUUGUUGCGUCCACAAGCACAAAAUUUCUCACAAUUUGGGACCUUAAGGGAAACCUUCUGUGGAAGAGACGAUUGAGAAGCCGUUGCAUUUUGCUCACUUCUACUCCAAAAUUCAUACUUGGAAUAACGACAUCGGGGCGUGGUUUCAUGUGGGAUAUAGCUACUGGAGAUCAGCUUGAGGAGCAUCAAUACAAGUAUCGACAGUUCGAAAAUAAUUCCGCAGUGCGAUCGGAUUUGAGUCAAGCGCCAUUCGCGGCCUCUGUUUCACCUGGCCUCGAACUCCUUGCCCUUGCUUACCGGGCUGGACCAAUAUGCAUAUAUGAAUUGCAAACAGGAAGCUGGAUUGCUUGGGCGGUUGAGCCAAAUUCUCGGAGAGUGGCCCAGCUUGCCUUCAAUCCUAACCCGGAAAUCAACCUUCUUCUUGUCGCUUACGAUGAGUCUGAUUUGUGUCUCUAUAAUAUGUGGACGGGCGAGCUCGUCGCUGUGCAGUCAUCUAUCACAAACGCAAUCUGCAUUUCACUAUCAUGUUCUCAAGAUGGGCGGACAUUUGGAACAGUCGACGUUCUUGGGAACCUUCAGAUCUGGGAUUUUGAGACACUUACACCCCUGUACCAUGUACUCACGCCAAAACAAUCAUUUCGAGUUCUAAAAUUCACAUCUGAUACCUUGAGCUUUGUCGACGCCACUCAACGCGAGAUGAGAGUAUGGUCACCGCCCGCCCUGGUAAGAAGGUCUGUCGAAGAGGAGGCCAGCAUGAGCGAUCAGGCUGCUGUGCUACCUGUUGCCCAAGGCCACUUCGAAAGCUUUCAGGGCUCCAAGAUAAGAUCAGUGGUUGCACAUGAUGUGUACUCAGCUGUAUUUGCUGGAAACCACAAUGGAGAUGUGACGCUUUUCAACCGUGACGACGGCCACGAGAUUGGCAUCUUAUACUCUCAUAGGAAUACUAUUGUCAAAUUCCUUGCGGUGACAAAGGCCAAUGUGAUUGCGUCUGGCGAUGUCAACGGCAUAGUUCAAGCCUGGCGCUUGGAUAAAUCGCAACUUCCUGAAAUGAGGGCCGAGAAGCUCUUAUUACGGGUCCAAAUAAGUUCCUCAAUUUGUCAAAUGCUCUUCGAUCAGGGAGGAGAUCAUCUUCUUGUCUCAACCAUGAGCUCGGACUACGUAUACGAAGUUUUGACAGGAAAUUUGGUCGGUGUUCUCCCCUUUGGCACUAGAAGAGAAGUUUGGAAAUGGACUGUUCUACCAGAUCCUAAAUAUGUCAAUCGGUUUACAUUGCUAUCGAACCGCAAAUUGGUGACUUACUCCGCCGAAUUCUUUCCUAAAGAGGUUGAUGACACCCAGAUAAUGCUCAGUUACACAACUACAGGAGAGCUUGUUGAGAUUGGAAUUGAUUCAGUGGUAUUCCAUGAACAGACAAGAACCCUGAUCUUGAACAUCCGCCAACAAAGUGGAUAUACGAUCACUUCUUCGGUCUUCAUUUUCAAACUUGCUCAUAUGCGCAACAACAAGCCGGCUACCCGUAUCCAGCCUCUACGGAUACUGACACCAGACUUGUGUAUGCAAUUCCUUGGGGUCACCUGCGCAGAUCAAAGGCUCGUUUUCCUGCACCGAAACUGUUGGGUAUCCUCUAUCAAUUUGCUCACACUUGAGGCCUCACACUAUACUCAGCACUUUUUCGUGCCAAGUGAGUUUAUCACUAACAGCAAUGACGUCCCACCUUUGCAAACGGUCAACGACAACUUUGUCUUCCCUCUGCACAACAAACUGGCGGUGAUAAAAAACGGCCUCAACUUUGGAAAGCUGAAAACUGUCGAGUGA